GAAAAUUGGCAUCACUGUUGAACACAGCUGACAGCGCUAAUUGCUUGAAUUAAAUUAAUCUCUGGGUUUAUUUGGAUUUGUUUGUGGAUUACGAUCGAGAUUUGACUUGCAUUGGGAAAAUGAUGAAACUGGAGUUGCCUGGUGAAACAAGAUGCGGCGAAGUUUUUUAUAAAGGCCCUGCCAGUUACGAAGUUAAUUGUUUGUUUUGUAGCCAAAAAUUGAAAUACUCAAAUUUUCUCAAUCAUGUUCGGCUAAAGCAUUUGAAAGAUCUGGAGGAUAAGGAUGUAAGGCUUCGGAAAAGGAAAUUACCGCAGGAGAAGGAGUCAGAGUCAGAGGAGUUGUGUAAACGUGAGCUAAGGCCGAAAUCUCUGAGACAUCAGGCCAAAGCAUCUCCUUCCCCAAUACCCAGCAACAAUUCCAAUAAUGAUGAUGAUGAUGAUGAUGAUAAUAAGGAAGAAAAGAUCGAAUUCAUGGAUACAACGCCGAAAGACAGCCGCAAAGUCCAUGCUGUUAACAAAUUAGACGAAAAGGAAUUGCAAAAUGCUUCAUUAGAUGCCUUAUUAGAUAUGGAUUGGACGGCAUAUGCCAGUGAAGAGGAACUUGCCGAUGUCGAGGAGCAAGACCAAGAAUCGGAGAAGGUAGAUGAUCUUGAGGACGAUGCCAAGGAUAUGCUCUUCCCGUGUGAUAAAUGCGAUCGAGCCUAUGUAUCAAAACGAAGCCUACAGAGUCACAAACGUCACAAGCAUAGCGACAAACCGAAGAUUUUGCCCCAGAAACCCGCCAUGACCAUAGAUGGACACAGAAAGAAGGCGAAACCAGCCCCCAAAGUCUUUCAGUGUGAUAAGCCUGGCUGCAGCGAAACAUUUCGCAAUGAGCGAGACUUACGUGCCCAUCAUUGGAAGCAUACGGGCAUGGUUUGCGAUAUUUGUGGCAAACCCUUCACCCAAAUCGGCAACAUGUUGCGGCAUAGGGAACGCCACAGUGGCAUUAAAUCUCAUAAAUGUCAGGAACCCGACUGCGAGGCUUCAUUCUAUACCAAGAAGGAAUUGAAUUCGCAUAAAAUUUGCCAUACUGGAAGAAUGCCUUGCAUAUGCGAAAUAUGCGGAAGACCCUGCCGUGAUAGGGGCGUCCUAACCGCCCAUAUGCGUCGUCAUACGGGCGAGAGGCCAGCGAAAUGUGAGAUAUGUAACAAAGCCUUCUAUAGCUUUCACGAUCUCAACGUUCAUGCUGUCUCGCAUACCAAUUUACGACCAUUUGUAUGCGACAUUUGUGGUUCAACGUUUCAGCGGAAAAAGGCUUUGCGUGUGCAUAAAUUACUCCAUUCCGGACAACGGAAAUAUCCCUGCAAGUUAUGCCAGAAAAGUUUCGCUCAAUCGGGUGGUCUUCAUGCACAUAUGCGAACACAUGAUUCCGGAUCAAGGCCAACCAAGGCAAUGCCAGUGCCAGCAGCAACUGAAAUACCAACAACGACGACAAUAGCUUCGGUACCAGUGACAGUGCCAGUGCCAGCACUUGAAACCACACUGGAGAUUGAUCACAUUUCACAAGAGGAGCACGAGGAGGCCAUAACAGUCAUUGAGAUUAUUGAAGAACCAGCCACAGGCAUUACAAUGGCCAUUAACAUUGAUGAUAGUGCCGAACUUGAUGCAGCCACUUGGACUGUCGCCUAGACACCUCUUCAAAAUAAUUACUAGAUUUAAUUAAUUAAGUUGCUUUUGUUAUUAAGUUUUGUCUCGAUUUGUUAUACCCUUGCAAAAAGGUCAGAAGUGUGCAAC